AGCUUGACCGAAGCCAUGCCUCGCAUACAAAUUCACAGACUAGAGACACUGGAGGCAUGCACCCAUGAAGUUGCAGUCCCACCGGGCAUCACAUAUCAACCCCUCUCACUGGCACCUGACCACAAACCUGUCAUGGAGUACAAAUUUAUUCUGGAUCCUUUUCAGAAGGAGGCCAUCUUGUGUUUGGAAAAUAACCAGUCGGUGCUUGUGUCUGCCCAUACAUCUGCUGGCAAAACAGUUAUUGCAUUAUAUGCAGUUGCACUGUCGCUGAAGAACAAACAACGAGUGAUAUACACGACGCCCAUCAAGGCACUGAGCAACCAGAAGUACAGGGAGCUCUACGUAGAGUUCAAGGAUGUCGGGCUCAUGACUGGAGAUGUCACCAUCAACCCCGAUGCUAGCUGCCUCGUCAUGACCACUGAGAUCCUUAGAAGCAUGCUGUACAGAGGUUCGGAAAUUAUGAGGGAAGUGGCCUGGGUCAUCUUUGAUGAAAUCCAUUACAUGCGUGACAAAGAGCGGGGUGUUGUGUGGGAGGAGUCGAUCAUACUGCUGCCGGACAAUGUUCACUACGUCUUCCUUUCUGCUACCAUCCCCAACGCCAGGCAGUUCGCCGAGUGGAUAUCCUACCUCCAUAAGCAGCCCUGCCACGUGGUGUACACAGAGUAUCGACCAACCCCACUGCAGCAUUACAUAUUUCCAGCUGGUGGAGACGGCAUUCACCUGGUCGUCGAUGAGAAGGGAAAUUUCCGUGAAGACAACUUCAACACAGCCAUGUCGAUCUUGAGGGACUCGGGCGAUGCAAGCAAGGGUGAUCAGAAGGGCAGGAAGGGAGGCAUCAAAGGUUGCGAAUCCAACUGCUUCAAGAUCGUGAAGAUGAUUAUGAACAAGAACUUUGCACCGAUCAUCAUAUUCAGCUUCAGCAAGAAGGACUGUGAGGCCUAUGCUCUACAGCUCUCAAAGUUGGAUUUUAAUGAUGAUCAUGAGAAGAAGUUGGUUCAGUUGAUCUUCAACAAUGCAAUUGACACUCUCUCCGAUGAAGACAGAAAGUUGCCUCAGAUCGAACACGUGCUUCCCUUGUUGUUGAAGGGCAUUGGCAUCCAUCAUUCUGGAUUGCUUCCUAUUCUUAAAGAAGUCAUCGAAAUUAUUUUUGCGGAGGGACUCAUUAAGGCUCUGUGUGCCACGGAAACGUUUGCGAUGGGUCUCAAUAUGCCGGCCCGAACAGUCCUCUUCACAAAUGCCCGCAAGUUUGAUGGCAAGGACUUCAGAUGGAUAUCAUCGGGCGAGUACAUCCAGAUGAGUGGACGGGCAGGCAGGAGAGGUCUCGACGACAAGGGGAUCGUCAUCCUCAUGCUAGAUGAGAAGAUCAGUCCUGAAAUUGGCAAGCAGAUCCUCAAGGGCCAGCCUGACCCACUGAACAGUGCUUUCCACUUGAAGUACAACAUGGUCCUGAACAUGUUGCGCGUUGAAGACAUCAACCCCGAGUACAUGCUCGAGAGGUCAUUCUAUCAGUUCCAGAACUACGAGUCCAUACCUGCCAUUGUUGAAAAGAUGAAGAGGGCCGAGGAAUUGUACAAAUGCAUGGAGUUCGCAGAGGAGGAGAAGGUGGCUUCCUACUAUCGCAUCAAACGACCUCUGCAGAAACUGAACCUCGAAAUGAUCAGCUACAUGCAGAAACCUCAGUACAUCCUGCCGUUUCUUCAACCUGGGAGGCUUGUCAAGGUGGUCAGUGAAGGUGUGGACUUUGGAUGGGGAGUUGUGGUCAACUUUAGGAGGAAAGCCAACCAGACUGCAAAGGCAUCGGCAGUGGAGGGUGGGCCGCCUGCUGAAGUCAUGUACGUCGUCGACGUCCUCCUCCAGGUCAGCAGGGACUCCAUCAGGCCAAAUGACGUCAACAGCAUCCGACCGUGCAGCAGCAACGAGAAGGCAGAGAUGCAGGUAGUGCCAAUGAAUCUGCAAGUGAUAUCACCAAUAAGCUCCAUUCGUAUUUACAUGCCUAAAGAUCUGGUGCACGUGGAUGCUCGCAUGUCUGUUCUGGCUGCUCUCAAGACUGUGUUGAAGAAGUUUCCGGACGGUUUGCCACUGCUCGAUCCCAUCGAGGACAUGGGCAUCCGGGACGACAGCUUCAUACAACUUGUUAAGAGAAUUAAAGAUUUUGAGGACCGACUGAAGAACCAUGUGAUACACAACAGCGAACAAGUGUUGCAACUUUGUUCGAAGUUUGAAGAGAAGGAAAAGUUGUUGCAAGAUAUGAAAGAUAUGAAGAGAGAGUUGAAGGAGAAGAAGUCCUUGCUGCAGAUGGUGGAGUUGAAGAAAAGGAAACGUGUGUUACGCAGGUUGAAGUACACAGACGCUUCUGAUGUCAUUGAGGUCAAGGGUCGAGUGGCUUGUCUCAUCAAUGGUGCAGAUGAGUUGGUGGCAACGGAGCUGUUGUUUGACGGAGUGUUCAACAACCUGACUGCCCAGGAGACCUGUGCUCUUCUCAGCUGUUUUGCCUUUCAAGAGAAGUGCUCUGAGAUACCCAAGUUGAGUGAAAAGCUGCUUGGUCUAUUUAGGAAGUUACAGGACACAGCCAGGAUGGUAGCGAAGGUGAGUGAUGAAGUGAGGCUGAACGUGGAUGAAGACGAAUACGUGGACUCCUUCAAGCCAAACAUGAUGAACGUCGUAUAUGCGUGGGCUAACGGGGAAUCGUUUGCACGAAUCUGUCAGAUGUCCGAAAUUUUUGAAGGUAGCAUUAUCAGGUGCAUGAGACGGUUGGAGGAGUGUUUGAGACAAAUGUUCCUAGCCGCCAGGUCCAUAGGAAGUGCUGAACUGGAAAAAAAAUUCGCGGAAGGUACCCGCCUGAUCAAGAGGGACAUCAUAUUUGCGGACAGUCUCUAUUUAUGACAGCUUCAUCGUGCUCUCAUUUUUUUUUCCAAUGAACUGCAUCCUCCCAUCUUCGUCUUCUUCAUCGUCAUAUCGUGUAUAUAUAACAGCAGAGUCAUCUUUGCGUCGCGUGCUGUGUAAAUCAAAUGGUUUUUUUUAUUAUUAUUAUUAUCAUCAUCAAAUACUGAUGUGUCAACUUGAAAUUGUAUCUUUGUUAUGACUUGUUCAAGUUGUUCAUGAAUUUUCAAUAAAAAUAUGCCGAACCUUUUA